GUACCAAUCAGAACGCAGUGUUUUCAUCCAGCAAACAAUCCAACACGAAAACAAGCACCGUGUGCCGCUGGCAUUACAAUAGAAUUUCAGUGUUGGCAGUAAAUAUCGGAACGCAGCAUUGGUAACCAUGUGAAGGAAAUGUAAACAAUUGAAUCGUGCUAACAUUUUUCGAAGCCGAUUUUCAGCCGGCAGUUACCUGGUCGUGGUGAGCCUCGCUGAAUUGCUUCCAAGAUAGCUGUGCACGCUGUUGUUGUUCCAAAAAGCUGCUUUCAUUUUUCGUUCUCGCCUUUUCUCUUUCCUAUUAUUUUGCGUCCUUCAUCCAUUUUUAUUUUACAAAGUGACCGCACUUUCACUCAACGUGAAGAGUUGAAUCCCGUGGAUAUAUAUUGGCUGAAGACGUCACCUUUCCAACGUUAUAUAAUAUGUAGAUGGAAGUAUUAAUGACAACACUUUACGACGCUUAUAACUCCAUCUAUUGAAACUCCGCACGAACUUUUGCACUCACCCAAUAUAUAUCCACGUCGUAUAUAAUUUCUUACAAUGAUAGAUUCGCAAAAGACAAGUUUCCGAACAAAACAUAUUGUAAGCAAACCUUUGCGAUAUAUGACAACCUCGUCAUCUGAUGAAGCCCCUAAGCGACAGAGAAUGGCAAAGGCAGUAGAUAUUGAUGAUGAUAUCAAUGAUCUUCGAAGAAUGAUGAAACAAGAUGCUGAACGAUGCAACGAUGUCUCAUUGCAUAGUUUUAUGCAACCAAAUUGUAAUGCGCAACAACAAUCUGACCUGUGCACUGAGUUAAAAAUAAUGGAGCCACAACCACACUCAUACUCGCAGCCACAAAUACGAUCAGAGUUGUAUACAUAUUCGGUGCCACAAACACACUCCGAUCUACACACUCACUCGCAUCCACAAACAGUAGCAGAACUAAACACACAGUUGCAGCCACAAACAGUAGCAGAGUUACACACACACUCGCAGCCACAAAUAGUAGCAAAGCUACACACACACUCACAGCCAAUAACAGUAGCAGAGCUACAUACACACUCGCAGCCAGAAACACAGCUAGAUACACACUCACAGCAUGAAAAUGACUCCAAUACAUACACACAUUUACAACAGCGAAGGGGCCCAUAUGGCCAAGCAACAAAUAUAGUCCCAACUAACGUACAGAGGAAGGGAGACAGCAGCAUGUAUGGACAUACUUAUCACAACUUUGCGCAGGCUGGAGACAGGACAAAUAAUAAUGAAAUAUAUGCUAUUCUUCGGGAUACACAGAAACAGAAUAACAGGUCAAAAAUAAUAAAACCAAGCAUCAUACCGAUAAAAUCUGUCGAGGACGUUGAGGCAUUUGAAAAAAGUAAUGAUGAUGAAUAUAAUAACGUUGUGCAAUAUCUUAGAAACAUUGGAGGCUUCAAUGCCAAAAAAGCGAUAACUCUAUGUCUAAAGGAAAGCAUCGCAGAUUCAGCUUCCGUUCUCUUUUCAUGGCGAGGUCGAAAAGGGCUGAAGGCAUUAUACAAUGUAAGACUUGUACUUGCAAUUUUCGAUGCUGUAUGUCGAAAUCCCUAUUUUCAUAGGCCGACUCAACAAGACUUUCAACAAUUUAUAAGAGAAGCUCUCCGAGCUGCAAAGGAGAGAGUCCGGAGUAAAAGUCGUCGCCCACAUCAGUCAGCAGGACAAGAAAAUGAUCGGGACCUGUGGAACAAUGACUGGCCAGAAGAAGAGGAGGAAGAAGUUACAGAUUAAAUUAACAAGAUGUAUAUAUGUAAAUAUUUAGAUGGACAAAUGUUGGAUUUUUAAUUGACCGGCCGAAAGUAGCUUUUUUUGUUUUAUAUAUCAUUUAAUAUAUAUAACAAUAAAGAUUUUUAUCAGAACAAUUU